ACCGAGCACGACAAUUGAUCGACGGCUUACGUGAUAGCAGCUGGUCAAACAUGGGGACCAUCGUGAGAGGCAUUUCAUAAUUAGAGGUUGACUGGAUUGCGUGAUCAGAGAUGAGCCGAGACGCAUGUAUGGCUAUGAGGGCACCUGGUGGAGAUACGCGACACGGGAUGAGGAGGUGCCUCCUAAGCAGAUCGCGUGGUCGAGAUUUAUGGGGGUCUUUAGUAGACCGUCUUUUUAUGAUCGACAUAACCCAUCCUCCGCUGCGGCUCAUCUCCAACACCUCGUCAACAUCACCCAAUGAAGCUCGCAACCCUCAGUGCGUUCCUCGCUGCAACGGCGACUGUUUUCCAGACUGUCAGCUCGAUUAGCGUCAAUGCGAUUUUCGACCAACACCCUCUCCAGCUCCCUCUCCAUGACCGCAAGAAGCCCAACAUCGUCUUCAUUCUCACAGACGACCAAGACCUCCACAUGUCUUCCCUCUCCUACAUGCCGCACCUCAACUCUACUCUCAUCCAACACGGCACCCUCUACAACAGUCACUACGUCACCACAGCCCUCUGCUGUCCCUCCCGCGUCUCCCUCUGGACCGGUCUCCUCGCCCACAACACCAACGUAACGGACGUCAACCCCCCGUAUGGUGGGUACCCGAAAUUCGUCCAGCGCGGGUUCAACGACAAGUGGUUACCGGUAUGGUUGAACGACGCGGGGUAUGGGACGUAUUAUACGGGGAAGUUGUUUAAUGCGCAUACGGUGGAUAACUAUGAUGAGCCGCAUGUGAAGGGGUUCACGGGGAGUGAUUUUUUGUUGGAUCCGUAUACAUAUCAGUAUCGGAAUGCGACGUUUCAGAGGAAUCGUGAGAAGCCGAUGUCGCAUAAGGGGCAGUAUAGCACGGAUGUUCUCGCCGCCAAGGCAUAUGGGUUCUUGGAUGAGGCGGUUGAGAGGUAUGAGGAGGAGUCUGAGCCGUUUUUCCUCGCCAUCGCUCCGGUUGCCCCGCAUUCAAAUGUCGAAUUCAACUCACUCGAUAUCAUCAACGGACCCGAGUUCAAGACCACGGCUCCUCUUGCGGCGGAUCGACACACUCAUCUCUUCCCCGACGCAAAAGUUCCGCGGACGCCAAACUUCAACCCCGACACACCCAGCGGUGUUAACUGGAUCAAGAAGCUGGAGAAGCAGAGCGAGAACAACGUCGAGUAUAACGACCAUUUUUACCGUCAGCGUCUCCGUGCACUCCAAGCCGUCGAUGAGAUCGUGUUGAAUGUCACCGCACGUCUCGCCGAGGCUGGACUCCUGGAUGACACGUACAUCAUCUACACCUCUGACAACGGGUACCAUAUCGGUCAGCACAGGCUCCAACCGGGCAAGGAAUGUGGGUUCGAGGAGGAUAUCGCCGUUCCCCUCAUCAUCCGAGGACCUGGUGUGCCGAAGGGUGAGGUGGUUGAUGGACUUGUGACUACGCACGUCGACCUCGCACCCACCCUCUUCUCGAUUGCUGGGAUUCCGUUGCGCGAGGAGUUCGAUGGUACGCCUAUUCCUCUGUCGUAUAAACGCAUUAAGCAUCAGAAGAAGCAUGGCAAGAGGGAACAUGCGGGUGUUGAGUACUGGGGUUUUGCGCUUGAGGAGGGUGAAUAUGGGUUUAGUCAUCAUGAGGGGGAGGACGUCAAGGGGUACUACACCAACAACACGUACAAAGCCCUCCGUCUCGUGGGUGAAGAUUACAGCCUCUACUAUUCGGUCUGGUGCAACAACGAGCACGAGCUCUAUGAUCUCGACAAGGAUCCGUACCAACUCACCAACCUAUACACGAACAGUACGUUGAUCAAGGACUACGAACUCCUCGGAUACCCCUUGAAGAAAGUUUUGGGCCGCCUCGACGCACUCCUCUUCGUUCUCAAGUCUUGUACCGCGGAAACCUGCCAGUCCCCCUGGUCCGCGCUCCACCCCUCUCACCACCAUCACGUAUCUUCGCUCACUGAGGCGUUGGAUGAGAGGUUUGAUGAGUAUUAUGAGGAGGAGGUUGAGAAGAUUAGGUUUGAUAGGUGUGAGCAGGGAUAUAUCGUGGAGGCAGAGGGGCCGCAGUGGGAUAAGAGUAUGGGGAUGAGGGGUGGGCUGAGGUGGAGUGAGUGGGUGUGA